UAAUUUUGUUGGUAAACAAGAUGAGUUUCUAAAGGUGGAGGGAAUGAAGUUGCCGGAUCAUUUUAUAUUUUCUGGUUUAUCAGAAGAAGAAUGCAGGGAUGUGUGCUUGAUUAAUUGUUCAUGUAUAGCUUAUGCAUAUCCUCCUGGAAUCGGAUGUCUGCAAUGGACUCAGAACUUAACAGAUACUCAGAAGUUGGCUUAUGGCGGUGAUGGCUUGCACAUUCGGUUGACACAUUCAGAAAUAGCAGAAAAGAAGCAAUACCACAAAGCAAUUAUUGUGACAGCAGUCGUUUUGGGGUUUAUACUUGUUACCAUAUGCGUAUACUUUUUGUUGAAAUAUUUGUGUUACAGAGGAUAUUCUGAAGAAAGCACGCUCAAACAUGUUUAG